GAGCGAGGGAGAGACAGGGAGCAAGGGAGAGAGAGGGAACGAGGGAGAGACAGGGAGCGAGGGAGAGACAGGGAGCGAGGGAGAGACAGGGAGUGAGGGAGAGAGAGGGAACGAGGGAGAGAGAGGGAGUGAGCGAGAGAGAGGGAGAGAGAGGGAGCUUAACUCCUGACAAGAAAAAAAGAGUUGUGUGGGUGCACUAGAGCCACUCUCCUUGAGUCCAAGUAGAGCCAGUUUGGAUAGUGGUGACAUUGAAGCCUCCAUAGGUCAGAUCUCUCUCUCUCUCUCCACUCUUCGGUGGGUGUAAGCAGAGCCCCAGACCCCCUUCAAAGGGCCGUAGCGAUGGCGGCUAAGUCUAGAUGAUCCAGGUGGACUUACACCAGGGGCUCCAGUGGACAGGAGGGCCGGCAGAGAGAGGACACUUUAAUUUGUUCCAGAUGAAAUAUUUGGCUUCUCAGAUCUUGUUACCUUAACUGGACUUUGCGAGGAUGUGAAAAAAAUGGAUUGCAUAUUUUUCUGGGAGGUGAUGAGACUCCAGAUCAAAUUGGAAUGCUGAGAGGUACCUCUGACCAACCAUGAUGAUUUCAUAAGGAUUGUUCCAUACACUCAGUAACUGCAACCCAUAUCUACAAGGCUGUCACUUGUUGAACAUGAAGUGUUCAGAACUAUGAGCACCAACCCAAAGAAAAUGGCGGAAGGCGGCACACACCUCAGUCCUGGUAUCCCCUCCAAACGGGUCAAAGUUUCCCAGGACCAGGUAGUUCCGGACACAGGGGACCCAGGUCGAACCCCGCCGGUGUUCCUGCGCAAGCUCCGCAAGGCUGCAGUGGGGACAGGGUGUGAUAUCCGCCUGAGGGUGUCUGUGGUGGGUCAGCCUGCCCCCUCUCUGUUUUGGUACCGUAACAAUGAUCUCCUGGCCCCGCCUGGGGAGAAGGAUGUUGGGGGUCUGUGGAUCAGGGAUUGCAAGGCCAGUGACGCUGGGCUCUAUACCUGCGUGGCCAGCAACUGCCUGGGGGAGGCUCAGAGCAGCGCCCUGCUUGCCGUUAUGGACCUGGGAGAAGGUAACGUUGGGGAAACAUUGGGACAACAUUAUGAUUCAUCUGUGUUUGCUGAGUAUUGAAACAUGGGGACAACCCUCACAAAACAUUGUGUAAGUCUAUAAGGGAAGCAUGCAGGGGAACAUCUGUUAUCCAUCUACUUUUUAAAAGGUGCUCGGUAAGCAAAGGACCAAUCUUUACAAAAGCCAACAACAAUGUACCCAACAGGUUUGCAGGUGGUAUAUUGAUUUAAUUCCAUCUCAAAUAGCUGUCCAUUCCACU